CUGAUUAGUCACCUACAGGCAGCGGCAGCCACACACACUACAGCUGUCCUCAGGGAGCGCAGAGCACAGCGCUUCAGCUACACACGUGUUUGUUGAGGUUUACAGUAAGAGGAACACAAUGGGGAGGGUCGGCCUACAAACUCUGAUAACAUGUCUGCUGUUGUGCUGUGCAACAACACCUGUACUGAGCAUAGACACCACAUCUUCCUCAGUGACCAGCACUGAGGAAGUCACUUCGGGAACAAAAGAUAGCUCAACCUCCUCUUCCCAAGACCCUAGCACCAGCAUCAACACUCCUAGCUCAACCAUCAUUACACAAACCAACAGCACCGCCGACACCACCCAAUCCACCAGUAUGACCCCUGGCACUACACAAAGUGAGAUUUCCACCGGCACCACUAACUCCAACAGGAUUCCCACCACCACUGCACAAAACAACACCACCACCAAUAACGAAACAAACAGUCUGACCGGGACUACCCAAUCAAUCAGUACAACCAUUCCUAGUAUGACCUCAAGUAUUACGCAAACCAACAGCCCCACUGACAACACCCAAAAGAUCCCCACCACCAGUCCCAUCACCACUAGGACAACUCAAUCUUCCAGCACAACCCAUACCAGCAUGACAUCAAGUACAACACAAACCAACAGCCCUUCAGUAACCACUCAAAAGAUCACCACCACCAGUCCCACCACCACUAGGACAACCACCACCAGGACAACCCAAACAGUCACACUGGAACAAGAUGGACACAAGUCAGAGGGACUGAGCUCAGAUUUUCUUUCUCUCACUCUCCAGGAAGUGUUGCAGUCAUUUUUAUUAUUUUCAUCGCAAUCGUCGUCCUAGUGAUGGCUGGGAUUUACUACUACAAGAUCCGGCGUAGAUCCUACGGACCUCUUCUGGACAACAACGGUGCAUUAGGACACUUCAGCAACCCCAUGUAUGAUCCUUAAGACUGAACUUUGGACUUUAAACUUUAGAAGUGACCCCCUUAACCCAAACUGUGUGCGUGUUGGUGUGUUUGAAAUGAGUUCAGGGUGGACACGUUUUAAAAGUGUGAUUAUUAGCAUGUGGCUAGAAGGCCUUGUGGCUGGUAAGCAGGGACAUUUUUAGGCAACAUAUACUAAUGCUGCUCAUGUUAGUUUAAAUGGCAACAAUAACCCUGGAUGAAGACGUAUUUGUGGGAAGUGUCUGAGAUUUCAAUCAUUAGUUUAAACUAUGUGUGCUUCUCAUAUGUUAAUUUGAAGAAGUGGAUGGUGUAGAGGAGCAGAGAAAGAUUCUGGUCUUAAACAGGAGACCCUUGCUUUUCAUUCUGCCGAAGUGUCCUUGAGCAUAACACUGAUUCCUCUCCUGCUCCUCUCCCGUGGAGGAACCAAAUGAAUACAUUUAUACAACAAUUAUUUUAUUAAGAAACAUCCCAGAAGUGUUUUCUUCAAGACACUUUUCUGGUGUUAUUUUGGCUCCCUCAGUAUUUAAUAUGAUAUUGUUUUUUUCUUGCUUUUGAAUGAAUCUCAUUGUGUGAAAUAUUUGUAUCAAAAUGUUGGUGCAAUAAAAAUGAACAAUGAAAGAAA